CCCACGGCUCCUGGGCUGUCACUUCUGUGCGCCGUCUGAAAAGGAGACCGACCGGGAGAGCUCCGGCAGUUGCCGAGGUGGAUGCCCGGUGUCGGCUGUGUCCCCGAGCUGCUCGCCAGCGCUGGCGAAGGCAGUCGAGAUAACACCUACCGAACUUUUCCUUCGCAGCAGCGUUGGGAGGAAACGGCUGUGCCCGAGGCUCACGGAGAACCGACGGGAAGACUUUGGGAGGGGACAAGGUCCAGCCUCGCAGCAGGGCAGGCUCGGAGCUCCAGGGAGCCCCGGAGACAGGAAUCGUGGCCAGCGUGCGCCGGUGCGAAGGGAGGUUCAGCGGACCACGCUUCUCCUUUCCCAUGCCGCUCAGUGCCCGUGACCUCCGCGCGCUCCCCGCGCACGUGCUUGCGGUGGAGGAAGAGAAAGGGUCCGGCUGAACCCACUGGGGGUAGCCAGUCGCGGGCGGGCCCGGGGCGCACGGAGCGCCGCGCGUGCAGGGCAGCUCAGCCGCGGUGCCGGGAAGCGCGCACGCUGCUCCCCCGGGCCCUGACCCGCCGCUCCCCUUCCUUCCUGCCGCGGGGGUUCCGGCCGCUGGAGGCCUUUUGGAGCGCAGAGCCCGCGGCGUGACGGGCCCGGCGGCUCCCCGGGAGCACUGCGCGGGGCGGACCAUCCGCAGCCAUGGUUAGCCGGUAGCUGCGGUCGUCGCGCUCCGAAGGACAGGUGGGCUCCAUUGACCCGGAGUUGGUUCGCUGGGUGCGGAAGGCCAGUUCCCGCCACGGCCACGCAGGCCAGUCGGUGUGCCACUCUGCACCGCGGCGGCAGCAAGCCUCGGGCCACCAGCCGGUGCGGAGGCAGAGCUGGCGGAGCCCGGCUCCCCGGCGGCCGCCUUGGCGCCGUCCUGAUGCCCGCUGCCGGCGGUGGGCCCGCCUCCGGCCCCGGGACCUAGACAGUGGCGCGGCCGCCGGCGCCUCCCCCAUGCUGCUCGGCGAGUCCAGGCGAUGCGCGUCCGAAGCGGCUGCCGGGGCUGCGCAGAGCGAGGCCGACGACGACAGGCCGGGCGAGCUGUGGCGUUGGCGGCGGGCGACGGUCACGGCCGCGGCGGCGGGCGAGGACAUGGAUGAGUCGUCGCUGCUGGACCUGCUGGAGUGCUCCGUGUGCCUGGAGCGGUUGGACACCACGGCCAAGGUGCUGCCGUGUCAGCAUACCUUCUGCCGCCGCUGUCUGGAGAGCAUCCUGUGUUCGCGCCGCGAGCUGCGCUGCCCCGAGUGCCGCAUCCUGGUAGGCUGCGGCGUGGACGAGCUGCCCGCCAACAUCCUGCUGGUGCGCCUGCUGGAUGGCAUUCGCCAGAGGCCCCGGGCGGGCGCCAGCCCUGGGGGCAGCCCUCCCGCGCGCGCUGGCCCCGGCGCGGUGGCGGCCUCCGAGCUGGCGGGUGGCGGGGGCCGGGCGAUGGGCAGCGCCCCGGGCUCACCAGUUUUCCCUUUGGAGGUUGGCAGUCAGCACGAGCCGACGACCGGCAGGAACGCGCCCCUGGCAAAGAAUCCUUCCCAGCUUCCCUGCGGCAAAGCCCUCUACAGUUACGAGGGGAAGGAGCCCGGUGACCUCAAGUUCAGCAAGGGGGAUGUCAUCAUCCUGAGGCGCAGGGUGGACGAACACUGGUUCCACGGGGAGCUACGUGGCACCCACGGCUUCCUGCCCGCCAGCUAUGUGCAGUGUCUCCGGCCCCUGCCGCCCGUCCCUCCCCAGGGCAAAGCCCUGUAUGACUUUGAGAUGAAGGACCGAGACCAGGACCAGGACUGCCUGACCUUCACCAAGGAUGAAAUCCUGACUGUGAUCAGAAGAGUGGAUGACAACUGGGCAGAGGGAAUGCUGGGAGACAAGAUUGGAAUUUUCCCCCUCCUGUACGUGGAGCUCAACGACUCGGCCAAGCAGCUUAUUGCAAUGGACAAGUUCUGCCCAGCUGUUGUGUCUGGCUGCCAUGCCUCGUUGCCCUCUGAGCCCGGCGCAGUGGCCAGUGUGGCCCCAGGUCCCACUCUAAGCAGCACAGGGGCAGUCAGUGCCUUUCAGCAGCGUGUGGACGGCAAGAAGAAUGCCAAGAAACGUCACUCCUUCACCGCAGUCAGCCUGACACACAGGUCCUCGCAGGCCGCGAGCCAUAGGCAUUCCGUGGAAAUCAGUGCUCCAGUGCUAAUCAGCUCCAGCGACCCCCGGGCCACGGCCAGGAUCCGGGACCUGGUGCAUGUGUCCUGCAGUGCUCCCGCCCAGGACUCCUCUGCCGGAUCCAACCCAGCGGCUGAACAGCAGGACAUGGCUCCCAAAGGGCAGCUGCCUCUCAAUGUGUACCUGGCGCUCUACACCUACAAGCCCCAGAAGAGUGACGAGCUGGAGCUGCGCAAGGGCGAGAUGUACUAUGUCCUGGAGAAGUGUCAGGACGGCUGGUUCAAGGGCACAUCCCUGAGGUCUGGGCUCUCUGGGGUGUUCCCAGGAAACUAUGUGACUCCUGCUUCCAGGGCUCCCUCAGGAGGGGCUGGGCCGCCUGGGAAUAAUGUGGCUGGAGGGUCUCCACUGGCCAAAGGAAUGGCCACAAGCAUCCAUCCAGGCAGUGGGAGCCUGAGCAGCCCUGCCACUGCCGUGAGAGCAGCCCUGCCCCUCGCCUCACCCCAGGCCCAGCACCAGGCAGCCUCUCUCCCGGGGGGCAGCUGUCUGUGGCACUCAGCUCCCCCAGCGGCUAGCCGGGCCCGGAGCACUGUCCCCACAGCUGCCCACUCUGCUCAGGCUCAGGACCAACCAGCCACCAUGGUGUCGCCCCUGUGCACCCAGAACUCCCCGUCCCGCCUGCCCACUGCCAGCCUCAGGCCCCACUCCACGGUGUCCCUGAAGCACCUCCAGCAGCCCCCAGUGCAGACCAUCAGUGGCGCCCAGUGCCCCUGGCCAGCCAUCCCACUCACGUCAGCGGCAUCGGCCGUCACACCUCCCAAUGUCACUGCUGCCAACCUCAAUGGGGAGGCUGGAGUGGGGACCGUCAGUGGCCUGUCUACAUCCAGCCCCACCAACGUGAGAUGCAAGCCAGACGAGAAGAAAACUGAAAAGAAAGAGAAGAAGAGUGGGCUGCUGAAACUUCUAGCCGGGGCAUCCGCCAAGAAGAAGUCUCGCUCCCCGCCGUCCAUCUCUCCCACCCAUGACCCCCAGGUGGCAGUGGACGCCUCGCUCCAGGGUGCAGUGGGGCUCGAAGCGUCCUCACUGUCCCUCCAUGGCCGGGCAGGGUCCUGCCCCAUAGAGAGCAAGAUUCAGGGGGCGAUGGGGAUGGAGCCACUGCACAGAAAGACGGGCUCCUUGGACCUGAACUUCUCCUCAUCCCCUUCCAGGCAAGCCCCUUUCUCCACGGCUGCCGCCCGCCCUGAGCCCAAGCCAUUGCCCAGAGAGAGGUACCGUGUCGUGGUCUCGUACCCGCCCCAGAGCGAGGCAGAGAUAGAGCUGAAGGAGGGAGACAUUGUCUUUGUGCACAAGAAGCGUGAGGACGGCUGGUACAAGGGGACCCUGCAGAGGAACGGUCGCACGGGCCUCUUCCCGGGCAGCUUCGUCGAGAGCUUCUGA